GGUGGGCCAAGGACAAAUGGGCAGAAAUGGAAGGUCACUGUGGUGACACCAGGGUCUAUUGCAUGGGUGGCCACAGUGUGUAUGUUUCUACUUUCACCUGACAAAAAGUUCCCAGGGAAUGGCUGUGGACAAAUCUCAAAAAUUGACUACUAUCAAGUGUUCCAUGCAUACAAACAUGUGCUUAUCACCAAGUGGACAGGUUGUCACAUCCAGAAUGUUGUCACAGAAAUGAAUCACUUCAUGUUUGGGAAUCCCAAUGGGGCUACCAAGUCCAUAACCAGUGUGAUGGAGGACCUGUCUGUAGAGAUCAAUGCUGCCAUGGCAGCAAUGGAUGCCACUGUGUUGUCAGAUGAUGAUACAGAUGAGGUAGCUGCCACUGAUUCCAACAUUCAUGAAAGUAGCUCUGGUCUGUCCACCCCAGAUUCAGUCUCAAUCACCAAUGUGAAUGUUCAAAUCAAUGUGACAUCCACACCCACUCCUGGCAUGGGCAAUAUGUAUAUGGUCAGAUGA